AUGUGGCAGCGUUCUGGUGAGGUAGUGCUCAAUGCGGAAUCGAAACAUAAUCUAUGUUCCAAGUCACUAUUACAUAGUUUAGUAAACUCGCGUCAUAUCGGAAGUAUAAGCUCAAGCUCCUUGGAUCAGCAAAGCAAUAGUUCAAGCUUGGAAUCCAUCAAAUCAUUUACUCUGGAUGGCAACCAAGCUUUAUCUACGUCGUGUUCUGAGGACUCCUUCGAAAUGUCCAGUACAACUUCAAGACCAGCUACUGAAGAUCCUUCACAGUUGUCGCUACAGAACUUGGCAUCAAGUUUUCUCGGUCUGCAUAAUUUAAUGCAUCCAUCGAAUAUAUCACUCGAUUAUCAAGAUCGAAAAUCAUCGGAAUAUACCAGUUCAGACCAAACCUCGAAAGACAGUUUAGAACCAUGUAGUUCGCUGGGAAAAUCCAGUUCAUUGAAAAAUAUGAAUUUUUCGACAAAAACAAACCCCUUAACAUUAACAAGCUAUCAUCUCAAUGAAUUAAAUGAUGCUCAAGAAAUUUUUCGGGAUGAGGCGACUGGGAAUAGCAUUGUAAAUCGAGGUGGGGCAAGAAUGACCGAAUCACGACACUUUCACGGCGCAUGUGGUGCAUGGAAAUUUAAAAAUUUCAUUAAAAAUGAUAAAGCUUCUUUACGGGAAUAUAUCGACAAGGAGUUGGAUAAUUUAGAUACAUGCUUACCACAACUGGAUUUUAAUAAGCUGGAAGAAAAACUGAAUUGCGCAGCAAAGGAACGGUUAAUAACGGAACGGAAAUUACUUGGUGAACAGGUACGUCGCCGUUUAGCACUUCAAGUAGACCAUUACACAGCAGAACCACCGGCUUUACAUGUUUACAAGGGGCCAGCGAAGUCAAAUCUAGGAUUUCGCUUGCAGACAGCCACGAAUUUGCAAGUUUGCUAUAUUAACGGUCUGAAAGAUGAAGACGAGGAAGAAAGUUCGGAUGAUGAUUUUUCUAUGCCAAAAUCGAAAUCUGCACCGAAUUUGCAAAACUCGGUAAUCGAUGGCUCCAAUUUGAAUGCUUCUCAGUUACGUCAGGCUAUAUCAGCUAUAAAAGAAAAACGACAAGUCUUGGAAGAGGAGACGAAAAUGAUGCUCACGAAAGCAAAACAGGCUGCGAGAAUGCAGAUGGAAAUCGAGAAGAUUAACACAAAUCGAUUUACCACAGCCAUACCGCCGAAGGCUUCCAGGUUGCAGUUAUCGAAAAUGACACGUCGACAGCUUAUCGAACUAAGUGAAAAGAUUAGCAAGCGUAUUAAUGAAGAGAAUGCGGAAUUAAUGAGGCUACUAGUUGAAAAAGAUUCGCUGUAUAUGCAACAGGACUCGAUGCUUGUCGAUAUCGAAGAUAUGAUACAGCAUGAGAGCAAUUCGGAAUCGCUGAAUUUGCCCGAUUUCUUGAAGUUCGGAAUCGAAGUACAGAAAGACGAUGAAAUGGUGAAGGUACAAACUGAUUGA